CAGUAGCUGAGCUAACCAGGUGUAGCUAGCUAGUUCAGUAGCUGAGCUAACCAGGUGUAGCUAGCUAGUUCAGUAGCUGAGCUAACCAGGUGUAGCUAGCCACUAACUCCUCCAGUAUGUGUUGACGUCAUUUCACAGGAUUUGUUUUUGGGCGAAAGCUGUAGAGAUCGGUAGAGGUGUGUCCACAGCAGAUGACGGAAGAUGUUGGCUAUGAACCAAGGAGUGGUGGAGGAAUGGCUGUCGGAGUUUAAGACCCUUCCUGACAGUGCAGUGUCCAGCUACGCAGCAUCUCUGAAGGAGAAAGGCUCCCUGGUCCCAGCGCUCUACAAAGUCAUCAGAGAGAACUACAGUGAUCUGUUGGAACCCGUGUGUCACCAGCUGUUUGAGUUCUACCGUAGCGGGGAGCUUUGGCUACAGCGGUUUGUGCUCCAGUUCCUCCCUGAGCUGCUCUGGUCCCUCCUCCUGGCUCCAUCUGCAGCCAGGGACCCACACACCUCAGGCUGUAUAGAGGCCCUGCUACUGGGGAUAUACAACCUGGAGAUCGUAGAUAAGGAUGGACAGAGUAAAAUCCUCUCUUUCACUGUCCCCUCCCUCUCCAAACCCUCAGUCUACCACGAGCCCUCCCACAUUGGCUCCCUGGCGUUGACUGAAGGGGCUUUAGCCAAUCACGGGCUGAGUAGAGUGGUGUACAGCGGGCCUCACCUACAGAGAGAAACCUUCACUGCUCAGAACAGGUUCGAGGUGCUCACCUUCCUGCUGCUGAGUUACAAUGCGUCCCUCAGUUACAUGUCCUCCUCCUCUCUGCAGUCCCUCUGCCAGCUCAGCUCCAGGGUAUGUAUCUGUGGUUUCCCACGACAACACUUGAGGAGGUAUAAAGGUAUCAGCUCUCGUCUGACCGUCACCUCUGAGUUCCUGGUUCAACUCGUCACUGGGAUACACUACGCACUGUGUAAUGGGGAGAUGGACCUGGGUUCCAAGGCGCUGGAUGAUGUUCUGUACCGAGCUCAGCUAGAAUUGUUCCCUGAAGCUCUACUGGUGGGUAAUGCCAUCAAGUCCUCUCAACAGUGUGCAGCGCUAAAGUCUGGCGCUAGUAAAGAAGGAACUCGCAUCAUUCAGGUGGAGAUGACUCCUACUUCCUCUAGGAUCUCACGGAACGCAGUCACAUCACUCUCUAUCAGAGGACAUCGCUGGAAACGACAUGAGUCCCAGGAGGUCAGUGUAGACAGUGACCUGGCGGCCCCUGGAGGUCAAGGGUCAUCCGUCCCAGAGAUCAGUGUGACGAUGCCCAAUGGAGACUCUCUGCGACCCCGUGACCCCCGACCAUUAACCCAGCCCGAGCCGGAGCCGCUGGGGUCAGCCUCAGAGGUCAGCCUCACCCACGACCUCAGUCUUAGAGGUCAAGAGGUCAGGAGGCAGAAGUCUGUGAGGCGAUUGGUGGAUGAGGGUUCUGGGCCCGCCUCCGCAGGGAGGGCCCAGUACUAAGACCCUCCCCAUCCCCGGGGUAACCUAGAUGCAGUGGAUUUGGGUUCCCCGGACGAGUUGAUGGAUAUCUCGGAAGUGGAUGAAGGGGUGUGGCCUAAAAGAGGGUCCGGCCCGGACUACCUGACUCCGCCCACCAUCACUAUCAGCAACAGUAUCACCCCUGGGGUGGGAGGGACCAAGACAGGAAGCAGGAAGUGGCAUUUAGGUGGACGGUCGCAUAAGGAGAAGGAGACUUGUACUCCAGGGGGGCAGGCUUUGAUCGAGAACCUGGAUCUGUCAAUCAAACGUCUGACGCUGACGUCCAGCCAAUCGGUGCCCAAGGGGCCGAGCCAUAGCGCUCUGAGCAGCCUAUCACGUACAGCCAGCACCGUGUUCUCCCGCUCCUUCGAAGGAAACAACACUGGAGGUAAUCGUGGUAACCCAGAGGCUGGCCGCUAUUCAUGCAGUGGCAGUCUACAGGAGGAGGAGCUAGGCUAUAUAAGCCCCUCCCACACCCAGCGCUCGCCAAGCAUCAGGGUGCACUUUAGGAGUGACCUGUGAACCCUGAUAUUUAACCCUUGACUUCUCACCACCCAUCUAAACCCUCUAACCCCAUGCCCCUGUACCUUUUGAUCUGGACUCCCAGCCUGCCAGUGGGACUGGAACCCAAACUCAUUAACACAUGCCCUCCCUUCUUUCCUCUCCACACUUCAUCUCCCCCACCUCUUCUUCUCCAGUAGGACAGCUUCCCACCUCCAAAGGCCGGCUCCUCUCCUCCCCCUCCUCUCUCCCUAAAGCAAGAGCCUGGUGUGAGAGAGCCGGGACCCUGGGUCCAGCCCUCAUCCCUGGAGUUACUGAACCCCCCCCCCCCCCCCCCCGGUGGUAACUAGACAGAACUGCAGACUGGACAGCGUGACUCACUACAACUGUUUUUGUAAAAGGUUUGGAAAUUGAGUAUUUAAAAAAACUCCUGUUUGUCCUGCUUGACUUUCCAUACAUCCCUCCUGGUGUGUGUGUGUGUGUGUGUGUGUGUGUGUGUGAGAAUGAAUAGGAGAGUUUAGAGCCCCCAACCCCUUCCACUCUGCACCCCAAUGGUAAUCCUGUACUCCUACCCAUCAUGCAUUAGGGUUUGAACAACCCCAACACAACGCCAAGUUCACACUCCUGUUGCCAUAGCAUCCCACGAAACGAUUAAACGACAGAUUGCUAAAUUGUAGAAACCCCCCCCCCCCAAAUGAUGAAUGUCGUAAAUGUCUGAAUAGUAUUGAUUGAUGUUAUCCUAUUAGAAGCAAUAUUUUCUCACUGAUCUCAUCAAUAAACAAGCUUAUUGGGG